AUGCCCUCGUCUUUGAGCUCCGAGAUUAUCGUCGGGAUCGACUUUGGGACGACAUACUCCGGUGUGUCUUGGGCCAUCAACGAAGGUCACAAGAAGAUUAGACUCAUCACCGACUGGCCUAAUCCGUCGGCUACUAAUGCCAACGCCGACAAAGUCCCAUCAAUGAUAUCCUACAAGAAUGGCCGCGUCGUGAACUGGGGCUAUGAGGUUGGUCUCAAAGAAGAGGCCUUUCGCUGGAUCAAGAUCCUCCUAGAGCCAAACUCCAAGUACUCGAACAAGACGCAGCAGGUCCAGAAUAGCAGCAACCUUUUGGGUAAGGUCGACAAGACAGUAGAAGAGGUCGUCAGCGACUACCUUGAGCAGAUCUGGAAGUACACCAAGGAGGAUAUCCGCAAGCGCGUGGGCGAUAAUGACUGGGAAAGGAACUUUGACCUUCACGUGGUGCUGACGGUGCCGGCCAUGUGGUCCCAUGUCGCCAAGGACAAGACGCUCAAAGCGGCCAAGAAGGCCGGUCUUCCCCAGGAUAUCCAGUUGGUGACUGAGCCUGAAGCUGCCGCCCUGGCAACGUUACAUGACAAGGCCGAGGAAGAGUCACUAAAGAAAGGAGACGUGUUCGUUGUCUGCGAUGCUGGUGGUGGUACUGUAGACCUCAUUAGUUACAAGAUCAACAGCAUCUCCCCCCUCGAGAUCGAAGAGUGCGCCAUUGGGGACGGUGGUCUCUGCGGCUCAACGUACAUGGACGAGUGUUUUGAGAAAUGCGUCAAGACACUGGUGGGCGAAGUUCAGUACAGUGGCAUCAGGGAGAUCGACAAGAAAAAGAUGCUGCGGGUGUUUGAGUAUGGCGUCAAGCGAUGUUUUACCCUCGAGUCGACCAAGGAGUACUCAGUGGACCUACGAGGAGUUGAGGACAAUGAAAAUGAGGGGAUUCUUGACGAGACAAUCGGCUUGAAACACUCCAUGCUGCGGACUGUAUUUGAUCACGUCUGCGGUCAAAUCGACACUCUGGUUCAAAACCAGAUUGACGAGGUGGCUUCCAAUGGCCUCGGGGUCAAAGCCAUCCUUCUUGUCGGUGGCUUCGGUUCAAGCAAGUAUCUCCACCAUCGACUCGAGCAGUCAUACUCAUCACAAGACAUCUCCAUUCUCCAAGUCGAUGGAGCAUGGAGUGCAAUCUGUAGAGGUGCUUGCCGUUGGGGCCUUGAACAUGCGAAUGUGAAGCCUGGUGCUUCGUCGGCCCAAGCACCUACUGUCACGGGGAGGAUCUCAAAGUACAGCUAUGGAGUACCUGUCUCUGUUCCUUUUGACCCCUCCCGGCAUCUCUGGGCCGAUCGGUUUCUCGAUCCGUCGACCAACAAGUAUUACGCAGGUAACCAGAUGCAAUGGCUACUACGACGAGGCGAGAAAGUUGACGAAGGAUCAAUAUUGAGUGUCAAUGUUCUUGUCAGCGUACACGGCGUUGGCUGGACUUCUUCUGGCAAGCGUGAGUUUGAGCAAUCACUCUACUCCUGCCAAGAUAAUGACCCCCCGUCUCGUAUGAACGACAACGUGAAGCAGCUCUGCACUGUCAACUUCUCGGUCGACGAGUCCAAGAUCUGGCUUGAGAGGAGCUACAGAAGCGAGGCCGUACCGGGAAAGUGGCGAGACAUGACACUGGAGCUGAUGGUGCUUCUGGGGAAUGCGACGCUUGAUUAUGUGGUGAAGUACAGGGACGAGUUUGUUGGUGCUGUGGAGGCAAAUUACGUGGAGCAAUUGUCUUGA